UUUUAUCAAAGUUUUCUUUUCUGUUUCCAAGUUUUUUACCGAGUUUUUGUUGCUGAUAGCGAUUUUGUUUGUAAGGUUGUCCGGUGCUAUGGCUUUCAGCCUGUGCAACCGGCUUCCUUGUGCUGACGGGGUGAGGUGGUAUUGCAGGAGAGAUGAUCACAGCUCAACCAGGCCUGUGCGAAUUGCCUCUGCUAUUGCUGGUUCCGUGACGAACAGUGUCGAGCAACAAGGAAGAGGCUUCCGGUUUCAGCUUUCAAUUGGUGCUAAAGUCAUUCCUCAUCCUGACAAGGUGGAGAAAGGAGGAGAGGAUGCAUUUUUCAUCAGUGACUUCGAUGGUGGUGUGUUCGGUAUCGCAGAUGGUGUUUCUGGAUGGGCCGAGGAGAAUGUCGACCCUGCAUUAUUUUCGAAAGAGCUGGUCAAUCACUUGGCAGAAAGUGUAACUUCGGAAGAGGUUCCAGGCGACCCAAAGGUGCUCCUUGGCAAAGCACACGCCGCAACGUCGUCAAAGGGAGCUGCUACAGCCAUUGUAGCUACUCUGUUAGGAGCAGAAGGCCUCCUGAGAGUUGCGAGCGUUGGGGAUUGUGGCCUGAGACUUGUGCGUGAUGGAAAGGUAGUGUUCGCAACCUCUCCUCAACAGCACUACUUCGAUUGCCCGUACCAGUUCUCGUCCGAAGUUGGAGGCCAAACGGCCGAAGAUUCUGCGGUCCAUGAAAUAACAAUCGUGGCCGGGGACGUUGUUGUGAUGGGAUCUGAUGGUCUCUUUGAUAAUGUUUUCGAUCGCGACAUAGCGGCAACAGUGACUUUGUUCCAAGUCACGGAUGUAGAAUCAGCUGAAAGAACGGCGACAGCGCUAGCCACCAUGGCGAAUAGGAAUUCGAGGGAUCCCAAGUAUGAAUCCCCUUACAGCACCGAGGCUAUAUAUCAGGGCUUUGACGUGCCAAUAUGGCGCAAGCUUCUCGGUGAAAAACUUACAGGUGGAAAGCUAGAUGAUAUAACGGUUCUCGUGGGAGCGGUGGCAGUGACCGAGAUUGUAGAGGUGGAGGGCGAAAAGGACGAGCAAUCCCAAAGCUCUUUCCAAAAAUCGGAAACUCACGACGGCAGCAGCUCGGAAGAAGCUGUUGUUACAAACGAAGGAAUUUAAUUCUUCUUGUUUCAUAUACUACAUUUCUUGGCUUUA